AUGCUCUCUAUCACUCCCUUCCACAUUGGAGAGUUGGAUACUCAGAUUACUUUUGAUUCAGAUCGAAGCACUAAGAAAGUUGAAGUGAGAGACAAUUCUCUUAAUCCUGAUAUUCGUCUUGAUCAUAAGAAAGUUGUUACAGAUGAGAAGGAAUCAGAGCCUUCACAAGCUUUUAAAGGUCAAUCUCUUGAAGAUAUUAAAGUCGAGGAUGAAGAUAUCAUUGUUACAGAAAUUAAUCAUGGUUGGACAAUUGAAUUAUCCAUUCCUUUAAAAGAUCGUCUCAAGUGGUCCUGGGAGCUCUCUGUUGUUGUCAAGGUUUUGGGAAUAAGUAUUGGCUACAAAACCCUAUGUCUUCAACUAAAACUAUAUGGAAUGCAGCCAAGACAUUUAGGGUAA